GUAGGUCCUCCAGAUGUCAAUAAUGACCACAAUAUUACUGCUAAUAAUCUUACAACUGGUGUCAGCAGUUGUUACUACAACCGGGACAGCGACAGCAACAUUGCAUACAACCUGCCUCUCGUCCUGGGGUCCAGCAGUGCCACGAGCAGCAGUGCCACGAGCAGCAGUGCCACGAGCAGCAGUGCCACUAACAGUGCCACUAAUAGUGCCACGAGCAACAGUGCCACUAACAGUGGCACUAACAGUGCCACUAACAGUGCCACCAACAACAGUGCCACAAACAACAGUGCCACCAACAACAGUGCCACUAGCAACAGUACCACUAACAGUGCCACUAGCAACAGUGCCACCAACAACAGUGCCACUAGCAACAGUGUCACUAACAGUGCCACCAACAACAGUGCCACUAGCAACAGUGUCACUAACAGUGCCUCCAACAACAGUGCCACCA